AUGGACUGGGACAAUCCGCUGAACCAAUCCAGUGUGAACUCUUCUUCACCUGCGUCCACUUCCUCCUCCUUCUCCUUCUCCUCCUCCUCCUCUUGCUGCAACGCCACGAGCCCUCUCUUUUCAAAGUCCCUCUCCUCGGCGCCUUCCUUCUCCGGCCUGGACCUCCUGCACGAGCUGAAGCUCCUCUUCAUCCCUCUCUACUCCGCCGUGGUCCUCGUGGCCUUCUCCGGCAACCUCCUCCUGCUCUUCCUCAUGUGGCGCGACAAGAAGAGACACACCACCACCAACUUCCUCAUCAGCAACCUGGCGCUCGUCGACUUGGUCAUGUGCGUCUUCUGCGUCCCCCUGACGGCGUCCUACGCCUUUGACAAGCGUGGGUGGAUAUUUGGACCGCACAUGUGCCACUUUGUCAGCGUCAUGCAGUCGGCGGCCGUCUACGCGGCAGUCCUGUCCCUCAUGGCCAUUGCGGUCGACCGCUACGUGGUCGUGGCUUAUCCCAUCCGCAAAAGAGCGGGUUGCCUGUUCUGCUGGGGCCUGGUGGUCCUAAUCUGGCUGUCCUCUCUAGCUUUAUCCACUCCCACGGCGCUGCACGUCGUCCACCUGGACCUGCGGGCCACGGGCCUGCAGAUGGCCGUGUGCGAGGAGUUCUGGGACGGCCAGGAGCGAGGUCGCCUCGUCUACUCCUGCUUCAUUCUCUUCUUCUCCUACUGUGUGCCACUGGCAGCCGUCUCCAUCUCCUACUGCGCGAUAUCCUACCAGCUGAAGCAGAGGACCAGGUUUGGGUUGACGGCGUGUCCGGAGCUGAGGUCUGCACGGGCUGCCUGGAGCAAACGGAGGAAGAGGACCUUCUACCUGCUGCUGGUGUCCGUCCUCUGUUUCGCCUUUUCAUGGCUCCCAUUGCAGGUGGUGAACCUGAUCCGCGACCUGGACACGGACUUCUCCAUUUUGGGCAAGAACUACAUCAACGUGAUCCAGGUGUCCAGUCACCUGUUCGCCAUGAGCUCCACCUGCUACAACCCUUUCAUUUACGCCUCGCUGCACAACAAGGUCUUGUCCUACCUGUGUCACGGCUUCCUGUCCCGCUGGAGAGGACAGGGGAAGGACCAGGGCCGAGGGUCCAGCAUCGUGAAAAUGUCCAAAGUGACACGUCUGCACACGUCCACCGCCGCGGCGGAUUUACCCGGUGCUGCGAGCAACACUGUUCCUGAAGAGGACUAUGCUUAA